AUGCAGUGCGAGCUUGCCCCUGUGCACUUCUGCCCCGCACCUCCGUUCUCUCCAGGGCACCUUUCCUGUGCUGGGCCCCACCUGCCGGGUCGCCUCCUCCCGCGGCGGCCCCUCGGGGGCGGACUCCUGUGGCCCAGCCCCGCGCGAUUCGUCACUCCUGCGGAACUUUCCCCUGAAAAUCCCUCCCGCAGCCCUCCGCCUCGGGAGGUUCUGAUCUCAGCGGCUUCCUCCCACCGCGUCCCGCCGCCCGCGCGCAUCGCUCUCGUCUGGGAGCCUCGCAGCCUCACGUCCAUGUCCGCGGCGGUGGCGUCUGCGGCUGGGCACCCCGACAGCAUGCUCUCCGAGGCGGAGGAGCCCAAGGAAGUGGCCACAGAUGUCUUCAAUUCCAAAAACCUGGCCGUGCAGGCGCAGAAGAAGAUCCUGGGUAAAAUGGUAUCCAAAUCCAUCGCCACCACCCUGAUCGAUGACACCAGCAGCGAGGUGCUGGAUGAGCUCUACCGGGUGACCAAGGAGUACACCCAAAACAAGAAGGAGGCGGAGAGGGUCAUCAAGAACCUCAUCAAGACAGUCAUCAAGCUGGCCGUCCUCCACAGGAACAAUCAGUUCAAUCAAGACGAGCUGGCGCUGAUGGAGAAGUUCAAGAAGAAGGUCCACCAGCUCGCCAUGACGGUGGUCAGCUUCCACCAGGUGGAGUACACCUUCGACCGCAACGUGCUGUCCAGGCUGCUGAACGAGUGCCGGGAGCUGCUGCACGACAUCAUCCAGCGCCACCUCACCGCCAAGUCUCACGGACGGGUUAAUCACGUCUUUGAUCACUUUUCAGAUUGUGAUUUUCUGGCUGCCUUGUAUAAUCCCUUUGGGAAAUUCAAACCUCACUUACAGAAACUUUGCGACGGCAUCAACAAAAUGCUGGAUGAGGAGAACAUCUGAGCUCGUGAAAUAAGCGGUUUAGGUGAAGACCGAGCACUGCUGACUCAUGAAGGGAAGACAGAGAAUCUUUUAAAGAUCACAUGUAUUUCAGAAAGGCCUGGCCUGGUGCAACCAUUUGGACAUUAAUGGCAGUACUUUUGUGUGGCUUGUUGUAGUUGAAAAAAAAAAAAAAGCAUAUUGCCAAAAAUUCUGGCUGAAAACGUCUUAAUGAAUGUCAGGAUGUGGGGAAAAUAGAUAGUUGGGAACUCAAAUGUAGAGUGUUACAAAGACAGAUGCGUGUGGCUCCAGUCUCUGGGACUUUCUGUGCUUUAGGGAAUUGUAUUGGUGGCACAUUGGAUAUUUCUAACGUGUACAAAGUUGUGUAUCUUGGUUCACUUUUAUCCUUUGCUAUCUGUGUAGCUCUUUUGAAAUGCCAAGGGCCUCUGUUGUCACUGAUCCUCCUGAAGCAAUUCUGCUUCCUAGUGUGCGCGAUUCUUUUUGUUCUAGAUAGAAAUUGACAUUCAGGAAUUAAAACUGAGGCCAUCGAAUUGAACCCUCAGGAAAGCAGGAAAGCGCGCAAUCCGAAACCACAACUGUGGAAAUAAGAAAUAUGUCCAUGAUAAGAGCGUGCUUCUGAGACAGAGUUGUACUCUUUUGGAUCCUUGGAGAUACUUAGAUUCUCAAACCUUGUCUUGAAAUGCUUGGGGCCUAACUUUGAUGGCAUCUUGAACAUGUGCUGACACACAUUAACGUCCAUUUCACACAUAGGAGAAAAGAACUUUUAGACCGGCUUUGAUACUGAUGAAACAAUAAAAUGUAAGUAGUGUGAAGAAAAGAAAAACAAUCUGGAGUUAAGGAUGAACUCAUUAGACUAAUUUAGGGGAGUCGGGGGUGAAAGAAUAGACAGGGCGUUGCUAAGUAAUGUAAGAAAGAUGGAUGGUAUUUCAGUGUUUAACAGGGCUUGAUGAAUAAAGGACGUCAUUUUUUAUUUAA